AUGGAUCAGAGCCCGGCUAUGCUGCAAAAGCCAAAGGGCAUGGAAUGGUGGGACGCCGAAGGGUUCUGCGAGGUGACCUAUCUCCGCGGCUACACCCGCCAACCCGGUCUCUACGAGGAUAUCGUUGCCACGGUCGAUUGGGAGCAAGACAAGGUCUGGCGUGUCCGCAAGCAAGAAGGCAACGCGAACUGGCACCUCAGAACCGUGAAGGAAUGCCCCGGAUUGGGACGCGGUUUCUGUGGACGGAGCCUUCAGAAGGUGCCCGAUGACACGCACCAGAUUGGACCGAGAGACGUGCACCAUGCUGCCAAGACGAGGGAGGCUACAGUCAGCGAAGAGAACGGUGGCGACGCGGACAACAUCCUCGCAACAAAGCCGGAAGGCUUCCCGGUUGCCCUGAUCGUGCUUCGCGUGCUUACGACCGCUGUGCCUUUCGUCAUGGUCGUCGUCAUAACUGCCCUGGUCCAUGGUGCCGCGGCCCUCUGUUCUCCUGCCGAAGGGCAUGGGAUCGCGUCCAUCAUCUUGGUCUUCUGUACCAUGGUGCCAGGUUGGGCAGCCGUAUACCUAUGCGCGAGGGCCUCCACAAGUCAUGCUUGGUCCACGGCUGGCUUCCUCUUCUGCACAUGGGCUCUCGGACUCAAACUUGUAGUUGAGACUUCUUGCAAUUUCAACUCAGUCGCCAUGAACGCAGCCUGGUCGGUCGUGAGCAUGGCCAUUGACGCCGUUCAGCAGACUUGGCUUGUCGCCCUUUCAGCUCAUCGACUACACUCGCUACAGAGCUCUGCAGGGCACCAGUUCUUCCCAAACUUGAUGGCGAGGGCAUAUUGCGCUGGGGCGGGGCUUGUCCUUGUCACGAUUGCUUUGGUCACCGUCAACGGCCUCAAGGACUUGUGGCUCCCGACAAGUUACAGUGUCAGUUCUCUUGCGCCACAUGUGCCGGCAUUUUGCCUUCGGCACUUUGUCGUUGGUGUGGAAAUCUUCCUUAUUGGCGAGGUCGUCUUCCUUUCGAUUUAUGUCUGUCUGGGUCUCUCGUUGGUUGGGCUGGUUGUCGUGAUGUGCCUUGUCGCGAUCAAAUUUUGCGUCGACGUCCUGCUUGCCUAUGGUCGGAUCUUGGGACACUUAACUGCAGCAAGACGAGUGGCUGAGAGGUCAAACUGCGGACGGAAGGUCAAUAGCCUCCAGGCUUUGCAGAGGGGCGAGUGUGCGCUUCGCAAGGAAAUCUUUGGCUUCGCUCUGUGUUUCUUCUUGACCAACCUGAUUUUGAAACCGUUGUUCUACGUGUUCCACACAGAACCCCUGGCUGUUCUUCUCCUUAACUGUGGGAAGCUCCUGGGCUGCACAAUGGGUGCUUGGUUCCUGUCCAACUCUUAUCAUCUCUCCAAGCGCGCUGGCCUCCCUCCCUUGCCUCGUCGCUGUGUGACGCGCAAAUCUCCUCCACGACAGCGUCGGACAACGGAUGCAGCCUGGCAUGCGAAGGUCGCAGAAUUGUCGAUGCGCGGCAUCACAGCAAGGGAGUUGCUGGAGUUCUACAAGCAGCUGGGCAGCGGCACCAUGCCACACUACAGUGCAGGCAUGCACACCACCGGCGAUGUGGUGCGACAAGCCAUCAUCCCGAUUACCAGGUCCGGGCGUUGCUCCUAUGCCGAGGUGACAGGCAGAGAGCCCCUGAGACCGGCCAAAAUGGUCACACACUCCUGGCAGAGCCUCUUCAGAGACCUG